AUGAGUGCCAACCGCGAUGUGGAGAAAGCCACGAUAUCGGAGUUCGGAGAAGCGCACACCGAACGCCAUCACGAACGCCAUCAUGACGCGUCGUACGCCUCAAUAAGGGUUCCAUCAAGACCAGCAUCCCAGCACGAAGAGGAGGAGAUCGAAAGAAUACCGACAUACCUUACUCAUACAUCUCGUACCAAGAAGUCGGUGAUCGGACUGGCUAAGACAAUUACCGCUCGUUCGAAUGCAUCCGUCAUCGACCCUGGGCCACCGCCUGAUGGGGGUGCCAAAGCCUGGGUGCAGGCGUUCAUGGGCCACUUCGUUAUCUUCAACACGUGGGGGAUGAUUGCGACAUUUGGCGUCUUCCAACAGUAUUACACGCUCGACCUGGGUCUUGAACCAUCAGCCGUAUCCUGGAUCGGAAGCUUCCAGAUGCUGGGUCACUUUUCGCUGGGCAUGUUGACCGGGCGUCUUUUCGAUGCGGGAUACUUCUACUGGUCAGUGAUACCCGGCAUGCUCGUUUCCUGCCUCGGCAUGUUCAUGACCAGUCUGUGUACGAAGUACUGGCAGAUCUUCCUUGCGCAGGGUGUCAUGAAUGGAGUUGGAAACGGGAUGCAAUUCGCGCCUGUUCUGGGACUUGUUAGCACAUACUUUGCGAAGAAUCGGAGCGUGGCACUCGCGAUCAUGGCCAGCGGCAGUGCGACGGGUGGACUCGUCUACCCAACGAUCGCACGACAGCUAGUUCCCCGAAUUGGUUUCCCAUGGACUGUCAGGGUGAUGGCUUUCAUGAUGCUAGCUGUGGGAAUAUGUUACAGCUCCCUGUUGAAACCACGACUACCUCCGAGAAAGUCUGGCCCAGUGCUCGAACUCAGCGCGUUCAGAGAAAUGCCGUAUAGUGUAUUCCUGAUGGGAGUUUUUCUCAUUGCCCUUGGGCAGUACUUCGCCUUCUACUACAUCUCAUCGUUCGCGAUCGAUAUCCUUGGUCUACCAUACGCAACCUCCAUCAACAUUCUGCUAGUAUUGAACGGUGUCGGUGUCCUUGGUCGUAUCGUACCGUCCUAUUUCGCCGACAAGUAUACCGGGCCGUACAAUAUCUUAAUACCCUUUUGCUUCGUCUCCGCUUUUGUACUUUACUUCUGGCCUCUAGUCAACAGCGAGCCUAGCCUUUACGCUUGGGCGGUGUGCUAUGGCUUCUUCGUCUCGGGAUUCCAAGGAAUCUUCCCGGCUGUAAUGACUACGCUGACAAAGGAUAUGAGUAAAGUAGGUACGAGAAAUGGGCAGGGACUUGCCAUCGUAGGUCUGGGCACUUUCAUCGGGCCACCGAUCGCAGGAGCGCUGAUACAAAGCAAUGGUGGAGGUUAUCUUAGCGCGCAGAUCUUCGCGGGAACUGCAGUGUUGCUAGGAAGCUGUAUACUGGUUGUGGGACGGUGGAGUAUCACAGGAUUGAACCUGAAGGUACGAGUAUAG